UUCCCUCUUCCAUCCAGUUCUCUUUAGUGUUUGCCAAUGUCGGAGGUGUAACUGGGGUCUGGCCCUGGACAAAGGAAUAGAGCAUGGCUCAAGUGAAAGUACAGACCUCAGCACCCCUGGCUGGUCCUGGCCUCUCCCCCGGAGUUCCCCCGACGGCCAUGGCCAGCCCAGGAUCCCUGGGUCUGCAGCCCUCCGUCAACGGCACAGGCCCGGCCCCCACACCCGCCUGCCCUGCUCCUGCAGUCGGAUAUGGGGACGCCCCUGUGUCUGCCACAUCGCCAGGCCCGCCCCAGGAGAACAUGGCAAACCCUAAAGAGAAAACUCCAAUGUGUUUGGUGAAUGAGUUAGCCCGUUUCAAUAGGAUCCAACCACAGUACAAGCUCCUCAAUGAGAGAGGCCCUGCACAUGCUAAGAUCUUCACAGUGCAGCUGACACUUGGGGAGCAGGUGUGGGAGGCAGAGGGCACCAGCAUUAAAAAGGCCCAGCACUCCACAGCUGCCAAAGCGCUGGACGAGAGUAUCCUUCCUAGGCCGGCGCCCCGCUCCCCUAAAGUGGACAUCAACAGCAACCCAGGCAGUAUAACGCCCACAGUGGAGCUGAAUGGUCUGGCCAUGAAGAGAGGGGAGCCAGCCAUCUACAGGCCUUUGGAUCCCAAGCCUAUGCCCCACUACAGAGCUAACUACAACUUCAGAGGGAUGUUCAACCAAAGGUACCAUUAUCCUGUUCCUAAGAUCUUCUAUGUGCAGCUGUCUGUGGGGAGUAAUGAGUUUAUUGGUGAGGGACGCACCCGUCAAGCAGCAAGACAUAGCGCUGCCAUGAAGGCCCUGCAAGCUCUGCGCAAUGAACCCAUCCCCGAACGGCCACCACAGAGCCCAGAGGAAAAGGGGGAGACAGAGGAAGGCAGUGAUGCCAGCAAAUCAGAGAUCAGCCUGGUCUAUGAAAUUGCCCUCAAGAGGAACUUGUCUGUCAACUUUGAGGUGUUGAAGGAGAGCGGCCCGCCGCACAUGAAAAGCUUCCUGACCCGCGUCACCGUGGGGGAGUUCUCUGCUGAGGGUGAGGGCAACAGCAAGAAGCUGUCCAAGAAGCGUGCUGCUUUGUCCAUCCUGCAGGACCUGAAGAAGCUGCCCUUCAUCCCCGCUGUGGAGAAACCCAAGACACACUACAAGAAACGUACCAAGACCAUCCUCAAGACGGGACCAGACUAUGGCCAAGGCAUGAACCCGAUCAGCCGUCUGGCCCAGAUCCAGCAGGCCAAAAAGGAGAAGGAGCCAGAGUACCUGCUGCUCUCUGAAAGGGGGAUGCCCCGACGCCGGGAGUUCAUCAUGCAGGUGAAGGUGAAUAACGAGGUUGCCACAGGAACAGGGCCCAACAAGAAGGUGGCCAAGCGGAACGCGGCCGAGGCGAUGCUCCUGCAGCUGGGAUACAAGGCCUCCACAGUCUCUCAGAGCCCCACUGAGAUGGACAACAAAGGCUGGAAUGGACAAAAGGCGUCAUUUACCGAAGCGACAAGUAACACACAGAAGGGUCUGCUCCACCUCAGCCCAGACGUCUACCAGGAGAUGGAGGCCAGCAGGAAGCAGGGGGGUGGUGCUCAGGGCCCUGGCGGCAGCAGCAGUGGCGGCUCCGUCAACUACAUGACAUCCAAAGACAUGGGGCCCUGCUCCGCCCCACUGCCCCCAGGACACUCUCCGUACUACAGCGGCCCGGCUUCCUCACCCAGCCCAACCGCCACCAUGGCCAGGGAGCUGCUGCUUAACGGUCAGUCAUCCACAGCUGACGCUUCCCUGCCCAUGAAGGGGAAGAACUCUGCGCUGGGCUGUGGCGUCUCGGUGCAGCCCGCACAGCAGCUGGACUACCUGGCUCGCAUUCAGGGCUUCCAGGUGCAGUACAGUGACGCGCAGAGUGGUAAGGAUUAUGUGACCUAUCUGACCCUCUCCCCAGUGCAAAUGACUUUCCACGGCACCGGGAGCACCCUCCAAGCCAGCCAUGACCAGGCUGCUCUAAGUGCCUUGAAACAGCUGUCGGAGCAGGGACUGGACCCGGUGGAUGGCCCCAUCAAGACCAGUGAACCAUGUGGGAGGGAGGACGGACAUUAAACAGACUAACUCAGGCACCACCACUCAGGUCUGCAAGGAUUCAAAGGCUGUCGUCUAGGAGCUGACAACCCCGAACCCCUCCUUCAGCAUACACAAACCUGACAAACCCCACCCAUUCACCCUGAUCUCCCAUAACCUACAACCCACAGUGUCCCCACUACCCGCAGUUCCUGUACUCUCUCUGCACCCCCCCCCCCCCCCCCCCCCACCACCACCUCUCUCUCCUACCCACCCUCCCCCGCCCAACCCCACGAUUGCCACUGUAUCCUGCAAAACCUGUCAACAUGCAAUUGGGUGGAUGUGCACCGAGAAAUGACCGACUAAAACACCAUUACCUGAGUCUAUGUGAAGACAACGCUAUCUUAACACGAUUAUUGAUGAUUUCAGUCAAAAUUAAAAAAAAAAAAAAAUUGAAUACAUGGAACACAAACUAAUGAGAUAAAUGCAUGGUACUGUAUGAAAUCAAGGGAAAUCCAAAGUGAUACACUGCAUAGACACUUUUUCCUUUGGAUCAAUGUCUGUUGGUAUGGUUAAAACAAAUAUGUACAUCAUGCCAUUGAAAUACAAAAGAAACAUUUUAGGGGAGAGACCAACUUGCGUACAGUAGCUUAUAUUUUCGGGGGUAUUAUGUUUCCGUUAUUUUAUUUUUCUUUUGUUAUUUUAUUAAUCUAACAAUGCUUGAGUACUGUAUUUAAAAUUAACCAAUGCCAGUGCUGUGAAAGUUGUAGUUGUUGUCUUCAUAUAUAGUCACCCAGCUUACCUUGUAUGCUGACAUUUAAAAAAAAAGAGUUCAUCUAUCUAUAUGGAUGUGUAUGACUUGCAAGAGUAUCAUAUUCCGAAAAAUAACACAGAAAACGUUUUUUUUCAUGUGGACAAAAAGGACAAAACUGGCGUUAGCAGUAAUCAGUAGAAGUGUUGACCAUUGAGGAGGGAAGGUUGGACUAACCUUUACUUCUUUAAGGGGUCUAACCUUCCCGUUUAACAUGACCCCACACUGGCAUAGCAUCACUGGAGCAUCGCCUGACCAACAGCGGAGGCAAAAGGCACAGUUUUUAGCUAGAGAAAAAAGGGUCUCAUUGCGUCGACAGCGGCUAGUUCUUUGCGCACAUUCUCCAAUGCCAGUCAACUUUUAACAUAAACUCCAGAGGGUUUUGUACAGGCGUUACUGUGUGCCCUCCAGUGAAUGAAAAGGCCUCUCCAUUCCGGUGAUUCUGUGUCAGUGGAUCGUGCGCCCGCUCCCCACCCCAACUCCCACCCCCCUGUCCCCCCACAGUUAUGUCGAUCACAUCUACACCCAUUGUGUGUGUUGUAUUGACCCGCCAAGGCAUCAACUGGGUGCUUUUAAUGCCUGCAUUCUGGAGUGCGUUUGUUUGAGCGGAGAGAGCCUGCGUUCCCAUUCGCAGACGCCCUCCCUAAAAGGCCACUUUGAUCACUGACUUGAAGACGUGUCUUCUUCUUCGCUGUGAGUGCAAUGUGUAAUCAGGCUGUUUCUGUUACUGAAAUGCAGUAAAAACACCUCAGUUCAUGUGAAAAAAAAA